CUCGUCGCCUUCCUGCUACCACCUGGUUGUCGAAGCACCUCAGUCGACGUGUGACCUUCUAUCAGGGCUACGGGGCACCGUGGACACGUCACGCGUUCAAUUGUCUUUCUCGUGGCCGCGGUUCGAUUAUCUGUCUUCGCGAGGAAAAGAACCGAGGGUGUGCGAAAGAGAGUUCGCAUGGGGCUGUGAGUGAUCAGGAUUCCUCGUCGCAGCUAGCGUCGUUCCCUCAGCGACUGGAGAACAGAGUUUGUUGACUUUGAAUUCGUCGUUUGGUCAAGAUAUGGAGAGAACAAUGCAGUUCAAUUUUUUGGCACUGGUGCUCGCUAUAAUCUACGUGGCAAGUGCAUCCUCGGAGUACCUGAUGGGUGGCCACAUAGAUAAUAAUCCAUCGAAGUCUCUGCUGGAAGAGAUUGAAUCUUCUCCGGCUUUGGCGAGAACGUCGCAGCUGGAUGACCUUGACCUGGAUCUUGACGCUGAGGAGAGCACUGUUGCCUUGUCGACAACGAAUGAAGAAGACGCUCUGCGUUAUCACCUUCCGUACCCUUUCGCCUUCAACGGUGGUAGACCGUUUUCGCUGGAAAAGGAUCCAAUUACCGGGAAGAUCGACUUUGAAAAAGCGCCGCCUGUAAAAGCUUUAAAUUAUACUACUCGUUACCAGGACCAUGUAAAAGACGACGAACGGAAUAACAAAGAUUUCUCAAAGGAGCCUGCUACUUAUUUGAACAAGAAGCUUGAGAACAAGGAGACAGUGGAUGUCAGUCCUAAUGAGAUCAAUCCGUAUUCGCCAAAUUUUCAUGAUUUUCUCAAUCUUCCCAUUCACUAUUCGUCUGAAGUAUAUGGUAAAGACAAGUAUCCAUUGAUAUCCAGUUCAUAUGCAAACACUAAGGUCCAAAGCGGUUCGAACAGCUAUAGUACCUACAAUCAUAAACCUUAUCAUGGAGAAACUGUUCUCUAUUAUCCAACUAGAAAACCGUAUGUACCGAAGACUACAACAACAACAAUGGCACCUAGCACAACAGUGUUAUCUACUAUUCCUAGUACUACCACUACUACAACCGCCAGGCCUACACCUACAACUACUACUACUACCACCACUACUACAACAACCCUUCCACCUCCACGUACCACUGCUGCCACAUCCACAAAGGCACCUGUUGUAACUACUUGGAAGCCUCCAAUUACUACUCCUAAGCGAUUUAUGGAUCAUUUAGAUGACUACGAAGACAUUCUACCAAUAGAGAAGUUGCAAGCUUCUGUAUAUAAUAACAAUCAGCAGGGACAAAAUAAUAUAGUUCAUAAUGAAGAUCCGCAGAAACCAAUUAUGCAUCACGAUGAAUACAUUGAUGCUUACGAGGAUUAUGAAAUCGGCGAAGAGGAUAUGAAGGAUUAUGCCCCGGUGAAGGAAUCGACUAAUGAAAUCGUUAAAACUAGCACAUUACCUAUUACACCUCCUCCUGUUAGUAAUGUAAUGACGACUGCUGGGACACCAGAGGCUACAACAGUUACUACAACAACUACCACUGCACCAUCAUCAUCGAUAGCAUCUUCUGUUUUUACAGCUUCUUCGCUAAUCCCUCAAGAAAGUACAUACCAAAGUAAUUCUUUAGCAUUUCAACCGCGACCACAACGUCCAGUGACUUCAAUGCCUUUGGACAAGGAUCCUAGACUCCCAAUAACUUUUGAAAAUGAUCAUAGAAGACAAGGUGUGGCCGAUAAUGUAAUUAUGAACCAAGGUUACAGACCAAGUACAAUCAUUAAUCAAAGACCAAAUGGUUUGGGUGGAAUUUUAGUAGAGAGUACCAGUAACAUUGUCAUACCACCGGAUCAGGACACGGUGUCUUUUGUUCUUGGUAAUAGACAGAAUGUAGAAGGUGGAUACUAUUCAUUGGGCACAGCAAUUGGAGAGAAUCUUUAUGGUGGUUCGACUGGAAUCGAUUCUUCUUUUAGACCUCAGUAUGGCACACCAAUCGAUAAGAGUAACUAUGAUGGACAAGGUCAUCAGGGAACAAUUGGAUUACCUUCGGUAUCUAUUUUAGAUAAUAAUCCUAUUUAUGCUGCUCAAACGUGGAGACAACCAAAUCCUUCUGUUACCCAAAAAACUAACAAUGAAAUAGAGCCAUCUAAAACUCAAGGUACGCUUGUUAAAGGUACAGUGCUUUUAGAACAGGCGGAUGAUAAAAAAGAUGAUAAAGACGUUAAUUACGUAGUUUUUCCUAAAGACGAACCCAAACAGCCUGUUGAAGAGCACAUCGUUGUUAUAAACGAAGCUGAUGGGACUAUACACGAGAUUACACCUUCUUCUACCACAAACAAACCUGUUAGGGUGGAUUUACCUAUGCCCGAUGAAGAACAUUUGCCACAGCUUUCAGAGAACUUAACUCCACCGGCGGAAAGACCAAGACCUCCACCACAGUUUUAUUACCAUUAUCAUCAUGGAGGUACCACGAGACCCGACCAUCCAAGACCGCAGAGACUACCAUUACCACCUCGUGGAAAACAGCCAAUGCCUUCUCCUCCAGACCUGGGAAUAAGAAGACGACCUUAUCCUGACUCCAAUUUGCCAAACAUUCUGCCACAGUUCAGACCCAAUGCAAAAACAUCUCAUGGACACCGCGGUUCAGAAUCUAUCGGCACUAUUCCUGCUGGUCAAGUUUAUCCCACAAGAGUAAGGCCACCUGUACAGGUUCAUUCUCCUACAAGAAGACCUUUACCUCCACCACCAUCUUAUCUUCAGAGAUUGAAUCCUCCACCACCACCAAUUCACGCACUUAGAGUUGCAGCAGGUGCAGCUUCCACAAAAUCUGAGAGCGUUGUUUCUCCUAGGGAUCCAGAGUCUACGGUCAAGAGAUUUCGUCUCCCUUCGGUCCCAGCCACUUCUAGAGGAGAGGAAGAAGUCAAAUCACUUCAGAGACUGUCCAGCCAAAAAUUGCGCUUGGAAGAGGAGGAGAGAUCAGAUCGUUACUCAGAAGAACCCCCGCAAGUGCCACCCAGACCUCUUUUAUAUCCAAAACGUAGGACGGCGGAACCGUCACAUGUAACCACCCUUCAAAUGAUUCAGCAACAUGGAACAUUCGAGGAAGACAACGCGGAGACAAACCUGCAAUCUAACAGUCCAAGCGCAAACGAUGAAUCAGAAGAGAUUGUGACCGAUCAAGAGGCGAACAGAAGGAAGUUCGACACCCGGAAAACAAUGCCCGACCCUCCAGUUUACGUAGUGUAUCCUGUGAACACUGCAGUCAAUAUACAUCCAGAUGAUUCUAGAGAAAAAGAUGAAAGUGUGGUAGUAGGAACGCGUGGUCCUCACAGACCUCUGCCGCCAGAAACGCUUCUCCAGGAUAAUGAAGAUCAAGAUAUAGUUGAAGAGCAAAGUCCUCCGAUUCAUAAUUUGUUCAGUGGACGACCAGUGGUGUCUGAUUUUCCUUAUCCCUUAGAACGCCCUGACCCUUCUGUUCUUACGAAUGGAAUGAUGGAGACGCCUAUACUGGUGCCCAAUGAUCAGCGUCAAGAGGAAGAACCUGUGAAAGAGAACAGCGAAGAAAAGGAUGACAAAGACUCUAGCGUAAAUGUUAUACCCUAUUUACAAGACUUUGUUCCUUUCCCAGCAAGGAAGAAUGAUGUCAUUUCAGCGACUCUUCAUAGGCUGCCAUCGUUGCCAUCUUCUACGCCGAUCGCUUAUGUCUAUACGCCAACAGCACACGCCUCUCAUCGUCUUGAUGUAGACGUACGAGAUGAAGAAAGUUCUAAAACUGAAAGUAACGAACAGAAACCUGUUUUGUUGCCUUCGCAACAACCGUCCAGUUCAUCCAGUUCAGCACCCUCUCCGCAAAAUUUCAUGGCACCAUUCGUCGCUAGUGUCAGCGCUGAAGCACCCACUAAGAACGGCUGGAGUGUUGUUGUUGUGGAACCUACUCUAAAUAGAAAAUCUGAUGAAGAGCAUGAUUCUUCAGAAGACACUUCUAACGCAGAAGAGACGCAGACAGAGAAAAAUGAAUUUGACGCUGAGAACUUCAAACCACAGUUGUUUGGUGGAUUCAAACCAAUUUAUGAGUUUCCUACAGAAGACUUAGACAGGUCAGAACGAAGGGAGUCCACUGGUGCAGAUUCAGAGGUAGGAGUACAGGAGUCUGCUGGUCCAAUCGUUUGAUGAAGGAAUAGGUUUAAUGGCUAGAAAAUAUGUUAUUUAAAUGAGAAUGUCGUAGUUUCGAGAGUUUUGUUAAUUGUCAUGACGUUCUUUUUGGCAUUACUAGUCUCUUUGGCUCAGAAAGUAAGGUUUUCAUAAACUUUGUAAACAAUUUCUGAAGGACAAGGGUUUGCAUUAAUAUACAUAAUGUAUGAAGGGUAAUGCUAACUGGAACGUCGCAAAAAAGAAAGAAAAAAACUAAAUAUCUCGAAACUUUGAACGUUGGUGAUUGGGAAGGUUUGUUGCUUCAUGGGGGGAUCAAAGUUAACUAUACAAAUUUGAAUAUUCAAAUAAUUUUUUAUGAAUUGAACAGAUCGUACUGGGUGGGUAGGAUUAAAUGCAACAUAGUGCAAGUCAUUCGCUUAGACUGAAUAUUAAAUUGGUUAAUAGAAUUAAACAUGUAAUUUUAUAUAAGGCAGAAUAAUAAUUAUAAGUUAUAUGCAAUGCUGUGUGAAAUAUUCAUCAGCUACACUUGCACCACUUUGCAUGUAAUCGUUUUAAACAUAAUUACAAGAAAUCAUUAUAUUUAUAUUAAUUUAUCUAUUUUUUUAAUCAUAGAUUUUAUAAUAAUUUAUAAAAUAUCAUCAGAAUACACAUCGUCAUUUUUUGUACAUGUCAAUACGUAUUUAUACAUUACGCAUUUUCGCAUAGUCACAGUUGUUGAAUGAACGGUGUACAUUAAACUAUUUAUUUUAUCGCAAACUUGUUGUCGUAAUUAAAACUGUCGUUAAU